UUCCGGUUAAACAAGCUGAAGCUUUUUAAAUGUUUGUCAUUGGCGGUGAUUUCCACAUGUUAGAGUAAAUAUCUGUAUACGUGGAUUGGUCCCAUAACUUUAUAGUAUCGGGUUACAUCUCGGCGGACACCUCGCACCUCGAAGUAACUACAUGGGUCACUUGGAAUUUCAUUUGUGAAUAUAUAUACAAGAAAGACCAUUCAUAAUUCAUUGAAAAGGAAUAUGGCGAACUGUUGUGCGAGUUGUGGAAAAGUACUGCUGGUGACGGUUAACGUUUUAGUUGGUCUCCUCGGUCUCGCACUUUUGGUUGGGGGAUGCCUCCUCAAGUUUGGGAGUGGAUUGAUAGAUGUGGACAGCUACAUCGACAACACGCUGGCUAAAAUAGUCCUUGAUGGUAUCGAACAGUCUCUUUCUGGUAUCCUUGACAACAUUGUCAUCAUCUGUAUCGUGGCAGGAGCUGUCAUCUUCAUCAUUUCGCUUCUUGGUUGCUUCGGCGCCUGUUGUGAAUGGAGAAUUGCUCUGAUUAUAUAUUCCAUCAUCAUCUUCCUUGUGUUGUGUGCAGAAGUCGCUCUCGUCGUUUUGGUGGUACUCUUCAGGGGAGAGAUAACAACUAAUUUGAAGGGCGCUAUGAACCAGACCCUGUACGAAACCUACGACAACAAGGCCGAAAACCCUGUGGUGAUCGGAUGGAACACGCUCUUCUACAAGUUUGAUUGUUGUGGAGUAAACGAUUAUAUGGACAUCGAAAACGCCAAGAACUUCACUCAAACUAAUCCUAACUUCAAGGUGAUCCCAUUCUGUUGCAAAGAGAUCGAAUUCAACUACCCGAGACUGACUGCGCCACCUGGUGACCCUUCAUACAAUUGCUCCAUCUACCCAACACCCGAAAACUCAAACUACCAGAGAGGAUGUUUCCAGUCACUCCAGGACUUCCUCAGUCUCUACCAGAAUCUAUUCCUAGGUGUUGGUAUCUCAUUGAUCGUUAUACAGAUUCUCUGUCUGGUGGCAGCGUGCUGUAUCUGUCGUGAGAUCGGUGAGGGUGGAGGCAAGGCAGUGUGAUGACUUUCUCCCAGCUGUCGGUCAAACAUGUAGAAUCACUGUCAACAAACACAACUUACCACUGAGACACUGCUUGUAGCUUAUAUUUCGGCAGUGCAAUAUCACUGGCUCUAUGACUUUCUGAGAUCGUGAUUGGACGAGAACGAAACUUUCUGAAAUGUGAUUGGACGAGUACAUGUACUUAACUUUUUGAGAUCGUGAUUGGACGAGUACUUAUAACUUUCUGAGAUCGUGAUUGGACGAUUACUAUGACUUUCUGAAAUCGUGAUUGGACGAGUACGAAACUUUCUGAGACGUGACUGGACGAGUACUAUGACUUUAUAAGAUCGUGAUUGGACGAGUACUAUGACUUUCUGAGAUCGUGAUUGGACGAGUACUAUGACAAGUCAUAUUCAUAUUUUUGUUAUAUAACUUCACUAGCGGUGAAUAUCACUUUUGUGACGUCAGGCAUGUGCUUAUCUUCAGAGACAUUCAUUUUCACCAAAUGCGAUCAUUACAUUUCAGUUGUGGGAUAUGAUGUUGACACCUUUUUACUGAACACAACGCUUUUUGUUUUCACUCUAAACCUUCUGAUCAGUGAGUAGAGCUUAGAGAGAAAGUAACAGCCUAUGACGUCACAAUGGCCUGUUUUUAUUGUGCUACAUUUCACUGAUUACCUGAGUAAUAUUCACCGUUUGCAUUUGCUUCCGUAGCAUUUCUAAAUUUAAGUGCUAUUAAUUCAUGACAGUGAUUUCAUCAUUACAAAACAACGAUAUCCUCCAUACAUCGCUGAUAUCCAUUGCUGGCUGAUGUUCAGUCAGGUGUACCAGAAUUGUUAAUGACACUAACCCGAGGAAUCACGUUAGUUAACGAUGAUUAACUCUUAACUAGCUUAGUCGAUGAUGAUAGUUAAAAUCUGACCCGAUUUGUUGAUAAAUAUAAAACUUUAACAAGUUAAAUGAUGAGGAUAGUUAAAUCCGAACUAACCAGGUUAGAUGAUUAUGAUAGUUAAACUCUUCCCUUGUUAGUUAAGGACAGUAUUUAUAUUCUGUAUGACCGGGAUGACGACCCUCAUUAGUCAGAAAUGUGGAGAAUAUGUCAGGUUUGUUAUCGAUCAUUAAAUUAUAAUGUAUGUAGUGAUACCAGUGUAUUCUAUCAAUGCCUAACGUACCGGUGCUGCUUUCCUAUUAGCUUCCAGCCGAUACUGUUUUCUCCUGUAGGGUGCCCACUGGUGAUACCAUGACGUUAGCUAGUCCAACAUCUCGAGCUAAAUAUUUGCAGUGGCUCCGUUAAAUUUAAGAUGCAAUUAAUUUAUCUUUUCCAUUGCUAACGCUGUCUAUUCUUCAGUGUAUUGAAUCACGUGGAGGUCUCGACAGCCCCGCCCCAACUGUGACAUAAUAAAUUUUAGUGUUGUGUUACACUCUAUCAUUCCGUAGUGGCUGUGAUCAAAAUACUCUACCUUAUAAGGUACUUUGAAAAUGACAGUAAGUUUAUGAAAUCAAAUUUAAAAACAAAUAACGAUUGAAUCAUCUUGUGUGAGAAAAUCUUUAUUUAAUAUCAGUCACAACAAAUAAAUAAUAAUAACAUCAAGAUUAAGACAAAUUGCAUUGUGUGUAGUUAAAAAAAACUACUGCUACAUAUAGUUCCGCUGUCUUCCUGGUAAGAUGAAUAGUCGUACAUUGAAAGACAGUAGUGUUCUGAUGACAGGCGAAAUCCACAAAUACUUCAUCACUGGAUUACCGUUUUUGAACGAGUAUAACUUUUGUUGGUGUGGUCUGCUGUUGAAUCGAUUUCCAAUACAUUAUUUGACUACAUGUACAUAUGUUUAUUUUCAUAUGGUUUAUGUUAUGUUUCUAGAAGCGAUAUAUACUUUUAUAAAAUAAAGAUAUUGAUUUACUCUA